AUGAACUUUGGGUGCCAGUUGUUUUACCUUUUCUUGUCGCCCCUCUGCAGCGUGGUGGGGGGCAUCGGGUACAUACAUGGCCGGCCCCCCCCUGUGAUCUUUUGCGGGUUCUACAUCAACUCCAACACCACCCCCAUCGCUUUGUCGAACUUGGUCGAGACAACUCCUUACAGCUUCGACCAGCUUUCGUUCUCUACGGUGCCAAAGCUGGCAAACCUGAGCCUGAGCAAGAACUCGAUGGUCGCCUUGUUUUGUGUGAUCCUCCCCUUUCGACUCAUUGGCAUUCACAUGACUGUGGGCUAG